AUGGCAAUGAUGCACGGCUCACAUACGACCAAGUCAAACCAGUCCGGCAUGACACCUACGUUUCAUCACCACGAGCCUUCCUUCUUCGAAGACUCCUUUCAAUAUGACUUCACGUCCGUGAGUGGCGACGGUGCAACCCAGCAACUCUGGCCUGAUCUUCAAUACACCAACCUGCACAACUUCCGUCCGGCAGAGCCGACCGAGCACAACUUCCACAGCAGCUUUGGCUCCGUCAACACAUCCACUGCCAUCGACGCUGAUGAUGUCGUGCUACGAAAGGUUGAGAACAGUCCGACUUUGCCAGCACUCCCCUACAAGGUCGACACGUCCAAGUACGAGAAUGUCGACUACCAAGACUACAUCACGCGGCCCAUGGAGUAUGAGAGCUCUUCGCCAUCGACAAUCGAGACGGAGAGCAACGGCCCACCCACUCCAGUCACAAACAGCCCCUUCCGUGCCUCCUUCGACGACCCAUUCCCUGUUAUGAGGAGAGAUAGCUUUGUGCCAAAGGUGGAGAGUGCGCCUUUGCUGAGUGGUCCUCAUGUCAUGCUGGACAACACCUCUCUGAGUGCCCCAACUUGCCACGUGCCGCUGUCGGUCAUCUUCAACGAAGCUCAGCACCACCAGCCGCCAGCCGAGCAAACGUCGUUUGCUCUCCAUUCGCACGCACACGGCGGUUUGAUGAACAACAUGACAGCAUAUCAGGGAUUCAACGCCCCUUCUACCCAGCCCACCCUUACUGCUGACUCCUUCGACAUGUCAUCAGCAUCCUCCGUGCCGGACCUCGAUCGACCCUUCCUCGAUACCACUUCCGACGAAGAUACUGACUCCGACUCUGGCACCGACACCGACAGCGAGCACAGCUCAGAGCUUGAAGCGAGUGACCGCGCCGUCUCUGAGGCUACUCACCGCCGUGAGCGAGACAGAUACUUGCUGAAGAUGCGUGAGAAGGGGUAUUCCUACAAGGACAUCAAGCGCCGCGGCCGUUUCACCGAAGCAGAGUCGACGCUGCGUGGACGUGUUCGUGUCAUGACGAAGCACAAGAGCCAGCGUGUACGCAAGCCAGUAUGGAAGGCGAACGAUAUCCGCCUGCUUGAAGAUGCGGUCGACAUGUUUGCCGACUCAGUCUCGGCUAGAUACAACCACGGCCGAAUCCCCUGGAAGAAGAUCAGCGACUGGAUGAAGGACAACGGCAGCAGCUACACCUUCGCCGGCGCCACGUGCGCGCGGAAGUGGAAGGCGUUGAAGUGA